UAUUCGCCAGUAGGUAUUUCUGCCACUUCCGCAAAACAGCCACACCAAAGUAGUGAAAAUCUAAAAGAAACAAAAAUUUAAUAAGUUUAGCGAGAGAAGUGGGGUGCAUUUAAAGAAAACCGAAUCAAAAUAUCGAGGUCAUUUGUACGGCAGGAAGCAGCACAACAACCAGACGAAACAUUGCCAAUUUCAUUUUGUGUGUUUCCCGCAAGGACUUGAAAAGCAACUGCCUGUCCACGAGAAGAAGAAGCGCAGGGUCGGCGUGGUGCGUAGUUAGUUAGUGUGAGUGAGUGAGUGCGAGCGAAAUUGCGUAUUAAGAAACGAAACAACAACAACAACUACGGCUCGAAAAAGAAAGCCUCGAACAAAUCCAAGUACAUAUAUUGAAAACUGCAGACGCAGGCAGCAGAAAUUUCCAAAACCCAAAAGCUUCACCGCUUCGCGAUUGCCUUACAACAGCAACUACAACAAAAACAGCUAAUUUCAUGGGUCUGACAGAUCAAGACUGGAUCGGCUGUGCGGUGUCCAUUACGUGCGACGAAGUGUUGGGCGUCUUCCAGGGUCUGAUCAAGCUAAUCUCCGCGGAGGAAAUAACCAUCGUACGCGCCUUCCGCAAUGGCGUCCCGUUGCGCAAGCAGAACGCCGAGGUGGUGCUCAAGUGCACGGACAUACGGAGCAUCAACCUCAUCGAGCCGGUCAAUCAGGAUGUGGAAACGCACACGACGCCCACGGUGAUGAACAAGCCCACGCCCGUCAAGUUGCCGCACUUUUCCAAUAUUCUCGGCAAGCAGCAGCAGUUGCAGCAGCAGCAACAGCAGCAGCAGCAACUCCAAUUGCAACAGCAGCAGCAACAGCAAGAACAGGAUCUGCCACUGACAUCCAGGGGUAAGGCGAACGGCUAUGGGCGAGGAGAAGGAAGUGGAAGUGGAAGUAGCAGUGCAGCUACCUCGGCGCUUAGCGAUAAAAUGCACCAGCUAAAGCUCAUGGAGGCGAAUGGACUCAAUGGUACAAGAAGAACUCCGCAGAACUCGCGGGCGCCCAGCGCUCAGCAGCAGCAGCAACAACAGCAGCAGCAGCAGAUGUCGACGACUCCGAACAGUGUGGCGGCAUUCUUUGGCAACAUGAUACCGCCCAAGGUGGAGGUGAAGCUCGGGGCAGCUGCUGCAGCCGUCUACAUUGGGAACAAUCGGGAGAGCUACUGCAGCAGCAGUGCGGACGGUAGCACCGCCAGUGGCGAGGCAGCAGCGGCGGCAGCAAGCAGCAGGCCCAUCGAUAUCAUAAGCAACGGCGAUGGAUACUACAAACAGCCGCCGGCAGCUUCCAGCUACGGCAAUGGCAACGGCAACGGCAGAAGGAAUGGAAAUGGCAACGGAAACGGCUCUUACACCAAUAGCAAUGGCAACGGGAGUGGAAAUGGCAAUGGAAAGAAUAAACGAAAUAGGGUGCGACGAGAGAGCAGCAUGCGGCAGACUUUUGGGAGCGAGGCAGAUGAUCCACUGCUACAGACAGAGUUCGAUUUUGAGGGUAAUUUGGCGCUGUUCGACAAGCAGGCCAUUUGGGAGAACAUCGAGUCGACGCGGCCCGAUACGGCGCGGCAAGCCGUGAAGCAUCAUCAUCAGCCGGAGCAGAAGUAUCGGCACGACGAGAACAUUCUGGCCAGCAAGCCGCUUCAGCUGCGCCAGAUAGAGAGCAUUUUUGAUGGCAGCAAGGACUUUGUGACUGACGAUGGGCUGAUCAUACCGACCAUACCAGCCUUUGUGCGCAGCAAGAUUGAGCUGUGUGCCGAGAAGGCAGGCCUGUCGUUGCAGCGUCAGAUUGAUAUAUUGGCGCGCGGAGCCAGCGACCUGGCCAUCACACUGCUGGGCGGUGCUAGACGCCUGACGCCGGCCAAUAAUCAUCAGUGGCCCAAGAUAGCCAUCAUCUGUGAUGGCGUCAAGAAUAUGAGAACAAUUAACAUUGGAGCCGCCACGGGUCGACAGUUGGCCUCUCAUGGCCUGACCGUGUUGCUGUAUGUGGAGCAGGCGCAGCUGGUUGGCCAGAGCGUGGAGAUUGCCUUGUUUAAGGCCACAGACAAUGUCAUAGUCCACGCCGUGGAUGCCUUGCCCACGCCAGAUCUUGUGAUAUUAUCGACUAACACCGCUACUCUAUCGGAUGGAAUCAAGAAUUGGCUCAGGUUGAAUCGCGCUUCAGUGCUUGCCAUAGAUCCGCCACCGUGUGGUAUUAAUGAUGUGGCAAUUAAAUACUCUAUACUACCUAUACUACCAUUGAAUGGCAUAUCAACAGCAGCAGCAGCAACAGCAUCAUCAUCAUCGUCGGCUGCAGCCACACCAACGCCCCUACCGAGCACAUCUUCGGCUGCAGCAGCAGCAGCAGCGGCUGCCAAACCAGCAACCCCUUCAUCAACGAACAAUUGUGGCAAAUUGUAUUUAUGUAACUUAGGUAUACCGGAUAAAUUCUAUCGUGAUUGUGGCAUUAAGUACAAAAGUCCGUAUGGACAUAAAUAUGUGAUACCGAUUCACUCAAAGGACUGAAACAACAAACAACAUAACCGACAGCAACAACAUCAACAACAGCAAUCAAAUCAAUCAAUCAAUCAACAAGAACAA